GUUGCUUGCCCGCGGUCGUUCAGACCGGAUGUGGUUAAGGCUGACGUCAGUUCCGGCGGGUGACGGUGCGGACGGGUCAGGAGCGUAGAGGCGGCGGCAAAAUGGCGGCGCCUGAGGAGCGGGAUCUAACCCAGGAGCAGACAGAGAAGCUGCUGCAGUUUCAGGAUCUGACUGGCAUAGAAUCCAUGGAUCAAUGUCGCCAUACCUUGGAACAGCAUAACUGGAACAUAGAGGCUGCUGUACAGGACAGACUGAAUGAGCAAGAAGGUGUACCGAGUGUUUUCAAUCCACCUCCAUCCCGCCCCCUGCAGGUUAAUACAGCUGACCACAGGAUCUACAGCUAUGUUGUCUCAAGACCACAACCGAGGGGGCUGCUUGGAUGGGGUUAUUACUUGAUAAUGCUUCCAUUCCGGUUUACCUAUUACACGAUACUUGAUAUAUUUAGGUUUGCUCUUCGUUUUAUACGGCCUGACCCUCGCAGCCGGGUCACUGAUCCCGUUGGGGAUAUUGUUUCAUUUAUGCAUUCUUUUGAAGAGAAAUAUGGGAGGGCACACCCUGUCUUCUACCAGGGAACGUACAGCCAGGCACUUAAUGAUGCCAAGCGGGAACUUCGCUUUCUUUUGGUUUAUCUUCAUGGAGAGGAUCACCAGGACUCUGAUGAGUUUUGUCGCAACACACUCUGUGCACCUGAAGUUAUUUCAUUAAUAAACAGUAGGAUGCUCUUCUGGGCAUGCUCUACAAACAAACCUGAGGGCUACAGGGUCUCACAGGCUUUACGAGAGAACACCUACCCAUUCCUGGCCAUGAUUAUGCUUAAGGAUCGGAGGAUGACUGUGGUGGGACGGCUAGAAGGCCUUAUUCAACCUGAUGACCUCAUUAACCAACUGACAUUUAUCAUGGAUGCCAACCAGACUUACUUGGUGUCAGAACGCCUAGAAAGGGAAGAAAGAAACCAGACCCAGGUGCUGAGACAACAGCAAGAUGAGGCCUACCUGGCCUCUCUCAGGGCUGACCAGGAGAAAGAAAGAAAGAAACGGGAGGAGCGGGAGCGGAAGCGACGGAAGGAGGAGGAGGUGCAACAGCAAAAGCUAGCAGAGGAGAGACGGCGGCGGAAUUUGCAGGAGGAAAAGGAAAGAAAGUUGGAGUGUCUGCCCCCUGAGCCUUCCCCUGAUGACCCUGAAAGUGUCAAGAUCAUUUUCAAAUUACCCAAUGAUUCUCGAGUAGAGAGACGGUUCCACUUUUCACAGUCUCUAACAGUAAUCCAUGACUUCUUAUUCUCCUUGAAGGAAAGCCCUGAAAAGUUUCAGAUUGAAGCCAAUUUUCCCAGGAGGGUGCUGCCCUGCGUCCCUUCAGAGGAGUGGCCUAAUCCCCCUACACUGCAGGAAGCUGGACUCAGCCACACAGAAGUUCUCUUUGUUCAGGACCUAACAGACGAAUGAUAGACACUUUUUCUUUCUCUCUGCUCCUACCCCAAUCCCUAAGAGAAAUAGAAAAAACAGAAAACAAACAAACAAAAAGAGAGAAAUUCAUAUUAUUAUUAUUAUUAUACAAUAUUUUUUUUAAAAAGACUGCUGCAUCCUAAGGUAGGAUCAGAAACCAUGCUGCCUGCAAGAGUCACAACCUGUAUGCGUGUGUGAGUGUGUGCGUGCGUGCAUGUGUGCGUGUGUGUGCGCGCGCGCUAACUUAGCAAUGAACGUGACCCCGGACAAGCCCAUCCUUCCCUAUGGCCUCUGCACAUGCACCUUCCAGCAAGCGGAGACUCUUUACCUUCAAUGCAUCCAUUGUCCCAACUAAGGAUGGGGACAUUCCCACUAGUUCUCAUUCAUUCCUGCUUUUAUGGAACGUAAAAGUGGGAAAACCUCCAACCAGCGACUUACUGCAGCAUCUCCUAAGGACUUGCUUCUCCCAUAUCUGGAGAAGAAAGGAAAGAAAAAGCACAGAACAGAGAUGUUCCUUAAACUGCCCACAAUUUACAAAUAACUUUGUGUUGCUUUGUAAUGACCAAAGGAAUGAGGCUGACAGAUGUUUUGUUUUAUUUUUUCCCCGUAACUUUAUUUGAUAAAGAGCCAAUUUUUAAACCCACGAGUUAAUUGUUCAUGUUCUGGGCUCCUCAGUGCACAGUAGUGUAAUAAAGGUGCCCCGGGCUGGGUUGUACUUACUUCUGCCAUUGUUCCUCUCACGUUCCCAGGGAGGUCGUUCUUUUUUGGUCCAACUCCUGCUGUCCUUUCUUGCCACCUAUCUACACCACUUGAAGCAGUGGGAGGAAAUCUGGGUUUAUAGCUCCACAAAGGCACACACAACUGCAGCUUUUCCUUGGAAUCUGUGCCAGGUGGUGGUUAUGGGGUGUGAACCAAAGGAUAGCAGCUCUUCAUUCCUCUUAUGACAUGUGCAUGCUUCCCUGAAUUGCCAAGCUUGGUGCCUUUCCAAGCAGGGCCUGUGGUGGAGUCAGCAGAACCAUAUAGGGUGCCCUGUUUGUCUCAGUGAAAGUGUGUUUUAAGGACAGGAGGAACCAGUGGCCUCGAAGGAAGCCAAGACAGAACUCCCAGCCUGUACAAACUCUUGGAGGCACAUUUUAGUUUCUGAUGUAGCCACCUUCUGGAGGCACUUUUUAUCCUCUUCCCUCUGUUGCUGUGUUGAAGUAAUAGGUUUUUUAUGACUGGGUUUAUAGUAAAGGGUACAUGGGUCAGGCCAUGUAUUUACAGAUGCCAGUGUGUGUUGACAAGUAUUCCAAAGCUUUCUAGACUGGUGCAGGCUCGUAACACUGCAACUUGUUGAAGUUCCUAUAGUUCCUAGAGUGCUGUGAGGAUAGGGGGUUCAGAUCAACAAGAUAAAGCAUAACUUGCUAGAUUUGUGUCUCCAAAGCCUUUCUCUCGUGCUUAACUAAAACCUAAGGAGUAAGUAAUAUGGUUACUCUUGUCUGUAGCCCUUGUUACUGGAGUAAACAUAGUGUAGGAUGAGGCACCUUCAGAUAUCACCUAGAGAGUCUUAAGAAUUUCCCAGUGGCUUUGGCACAGGUGUCUAGAGCACCAUCUCUAGGAAGAUUUAAUUCUGUCCCUGACUGCUGAUUAUUCUUCUACUUUGUUUUCUGCUGUCCCAAGUCUAGAUGAGUGGGAAGUCACCAUCUGACUGUUGUCAUGAAAUAUAUCUGGAGUGAACACCAGGAUAAACCAUGUUCUGCACUCAAACUGUAUGUGAAAUUUGCUUCCCUCUGAUAACCAAGCAAAGAGGAAUUUUUCCGCUUAACUAAGCUUCCCUCCCUGACUGGAAUUCACAACUUUUCUCUGGUAGCACACAGGAGGGUAUCAAGAACCUUUGUUAGGCUAGGUUUACUGUGUAAGUAUUCUGCCCACACUUCUUUGGGGGAAAUUGUGAUUUUUUUCUUUUAUAAUUCAUUCUCAUCUUACUCUACAGUAUGCACUUUAUGCCUCUUGACUUUGAUAACUUAUUCAGUGAAGGAGGUCCGAUGCCAGAAUUUUUUUUUUUAAGUCUCUAAAUCUUUAUGUUAGUACAACUCUUGGGACAGCAUCCCCAUUGGUUAACGUUUCAAGAGGCUUCAGCACAUUACCCUUUCCAGUCCCAUUUGAAACAGUUCUGCUUUCAGACCCUGGUGCCUGUCUCUCUGCUGACCCCACUGCUGCUGCCUCUGUGCCAUUUCCUUUCCUAAGUGAAAUAUGGGCUGCACAUUUGUCACUUAAUGCCAGUACAAUCUAUAUGUUACUCCCAAGGACUUCUGGGAGAUUGAUGGGACCUGCAAGGGAGAAAACACUGAGAAGCUGGUGAUCUGCAGGCAUUUGCUCUUGUUCCAAAUCACUGGGAUAUUUCAACUGUUGUUUCUAAAUGGCAAGCCAUCAACUAAAUGAAAACACUUGUUUCGAAUUUUGUUCCGUACUCCCAAGACUGAAGUUACAGAUUCAGCUGAAUAACCAUGGGAAAUAACCAAGCAAAGACACUCAAUUGGAGUCAGUCGGAUUUUUGCAGCCUCAGUGGGGCCAUUCUGGUCUUUUCUCCCACUCAUGCAGAAUUUCCUCCAGCAAGUAUUUCUCCUUGUUUGCCUCCACCAUGAUGAGAGAAUAGCCAGAGGAGAAUAUCUCUUUAAAAAAGUAAAACUAAAAAAAUCUAGAAUCUUCAAAUGAGCAGUUACAAAAAUUGCUGAUGGUGCCAAGGCCAUAGAAAGAGUUUCAGAAAAUGACUGUGGGAAGGAGUGAUAAUCCCUGGAAUGCAGAGUCAGGGAAGUAUUAUCAUCUGGUGCUUGAACAAGGAGCUCCACUUUACAACUGGUUUUUUAGGACUUGUGAGGAAUGCAGCAAUGGGAAAUCCAUCCACAAAGGAUGCAGUGCCCCAACUUGUACUGCACCUGAAUAGAUAACAUGAUAAUUUACUGAAGAAAUCUAGUGUACUUUAAAUUUUUUUCAUAAAAGUUUACAUUGUAUUGUAGGUUAACAUUAAAUGUUUUAUAACAAAAAAUU